AUGAUGCAAGUGCCAGGUUAUACUGGGAUUGUUGUCGCCCGCUUCUUUCUUGGCUUCGCCGAAGCUCCCUUCUUCCCCGGGAUGAUAUUUCUUGUAUCUAAAUGGUACAAGCGGGACGAGCUCGCCUUGAGAAUAGCUCUCGUUACUUGUGGAAGUUUUCUCAGCUCCGCAUUCGGGUCCCUGUUGGCAUCUGCUAUACUCCACGGCAUGCAAGACAAACUUGGUCAAGCUGCAUGGAGAUGGUUAUUUUUCAUUGAAGGCGGGGUUACCAUCUUGGUCGCGAUUUGUGCGAUAUUCGUACUCCCUGAUUUCCCGCACAACACCAGGUGGAUCACCCCGGAGGAAAGAGCACUUGCCAUCUCUCGCCUUGUAGAAGAUGGCUAUAGUGAGGCUGACGAGCUUGGGAAGCAGACGACCAUGCAAGGAGUGCGGGAUGCUGUAUCUGACUGGAAGGUGUGGUGGUUUUCGGUUGCAGCCAUGUUCCAGUUAGUGGGGCAGUCUUUUUUCAUUUACUUCCCAACGCUGUGCGCAACACUGGGAUAUGAUACGACUGUAACACUGCUGCUUUGCGCUCCUCCGUGGGUGUUUGCGACUAUAGUCGCAUUUAUUCUUACAUGGUACUCUGACAAGAAGCAAAUGCGUUACAAAUGCUUUGUUAUCUCUAAUGCAUUCGGCAUCCUUGCAUUCACCAUAUCUGCCCUUACGAUGAACAAGGCUACGCGCUAUAUUUCACUGUUCCUGAUGGCUCAAACCCUCACUGGAUACAUGUUGCUCUUAGGGUGGAUCAGCAAUAUUUUCGCCAGAGAACCCGCAAAGCGUGCCAUUGCCAUUGCUUUGAUGAACGCACUGGGGCAGACAGGCGGUAUUAUUGGAUCAUAUGUAUGGCCGUUGAAAUGGGGCCCGACAUAUCGUUAUUCCUAUGUCAUCUGCAUCGCUGCACUUGGAGUUUCGACAGGCAUGUUUGGUGGUAUGUAUUUGUAUUUGAAGCAUUUGAAUGAGCGGAUUGAGAGGAACGAGCGGAAUGCGAAGGACGUCAACGAGAUUCAGGAGAUUAGUUUUAAAUAUAUGGUGUAGUUGAAGGUUGAAAUACUGAUCGCUUCUGACAGUUGU